AUGGUGUACAACAUAAGCUACUCUCGCGGUGGAAUUACUGGAGCUUCUGCAACUACAAAUAUUCCCGGCGAAAACUAUGCUUCCGAUAACGUUGACACUCACCCACCUGGAUAUAUUCCAGGCCGAAGAACUAUUCAGCAACCACCAGCAGUUAACUCAUCUCGAGCGGACAAUGUCAUUUACUUCGAUGAAACUGUUACGUUGGAAGAGGCUCGUCGUAAAACUUACGAAUCAAGCCUUAAAUUUGGAAUCGAUAAAGAACGCGUGGAUCAAAUUUUCAGCAAAGAUUGGGUCCCUGAUGAACAGACGGUUGAUCAGGAAAAUACAAGUGCGGAAAAGACUGAUGAAGUAUCGCUAGAUCACGAUCUAGAAAAAACGAAGACGUGGAAAAAGAGCCGAUGGCAAGUGACGCUUUCCUACCAAAGCCAAUAUGUAACACAAGAUGAAAACCACAAAAAGUCGAAGUUUGCGCGAGUGAAAGACUUCAUGGCAAGGUCAAUUUCUCCAUUCAACGAUAAAAAGAAAAGAAAAAAGAAAACGAUUCCCAAAAGCAAUGAAGCGUUCAAAUUGAGCAUUGGAUCUUCUGACGAAGAACAAACAGAUGUCGAGGGUGAGUUUGCUGGUAGCAUUGUCAAUCAAACGCCCACUCUCUCAGAACAAGAAUGCCUUCCUCAUCUGGUUUAUGAAGAUAAAACGGCAGGAGAAGAGAACAACAACGAGAGUGAAAAAAUGUUCUCCGAACGAGAAGUUGAUUUAAAACUUGAUAAAUCACUUUUUUCGCGUUCUCAUAAGACUCGUCUAACACAGCGCAAUAUCCGCUCUCCUCGACUUGGCCACAAACCACAUCUUGAGUCUCCACUUGUUCAAUCAUUUUCGCGAACGGACAACGUCAGAAGUCAAUCCCAUAUCAAAACGGAAGCUAAACCUAACGUGACGGUGUCUGAUGACGAAAAGGAAGUUCAUGACGCCGAUACACCAAAGAAUUCCUGCGGAUUCAAGAACAACAAAAACUCCCCGACUUCAAAGCACUUCUAUCCUUUUUACAAGUAUGAUCCUCAACGUCCAACAAAUCAAGCCCGAGUCCUCCAACAAAAAGACAAUGCGACGACUUCGAAAGUUUCUACGAAAAACUUUUUGGUCAAAACUUUGCGCUACCCUAUUGGGGAAAUCGAGCGAGGACUUAACGUCGACUCUGAUAUCGAGCAACGACCUGGAGCCAUUGAUUCUGCUGCCGUUCGCUAUCUUACCCGUGUGAGAAACCCGUAUGCUCCCGAAGAUGAACCCGACUCACUCAUGACUCGCAUGAGCGAGGAAGAGUUACGAUACGCCACAAUCAGACGUUCUUACUCUUUUAGAUACAAGUAUUCAAACAACUUCAUUUUCCCUUUGUAA